AUGCAAGAAAUCGCCUCCAAGUUGCUCGUGUGUUUGUUAAAGACGAUGUUAACAACUAUGAAAAGCGAUGUUACUGCUAAGGAACGGACAUGUUGGAAGCUCACUAACCCCGGAAGACGUUUUUGGAACUACAACAACAAAUUGACAAGACUGAGGAAAUGUGAUUACUUUGAAUGGAAAGAUGUUGCACUGGAAGAUGGUUACUACAAAAACCUCAUCUAUUCCAUGAAGCAGCAGUUGGAAUGCAAAUAG